AGAGGAACGAUCGACGGAGCGAGGGGGAACAGGGAGUAUCUUCUCCACAUGAACGCGCUUCAUCUCACUGGCCAUGCACCUGCAACCUGAUCUUGCAGCCCUCCCCCUCUUUCUCCCGUCCUCUUCCCGGGCGGUCGGACAGCGCAGGUAGUGCGCACAGAGCGGCGGCGGCAGUGCGCAAAAGGCGGCCGGCCGGCAUGCGCCUGGAGAGAAAGCGCCCCGCGAAGCGGAAGGUUGAGCCGGAGACGCAGCAGCAGCAUGCAGACUGACGCUGUAACUGCGGGGACAUAGCAGCAGGACCACCUGGAGCCGCAACAUGGGCGUGGGAGAAAGCGAUGUGAUUCCACGGGCAUAGCAAGGGUGGGUGGGGUGGGGUAGGGUCGGGGACCCGAGCAGCGUUUUGGAUCAGAAUUAUCCCGGGAGGAUUUGUUAGGCGGAUUUGUUUGGUGUUUUGUUCACGGGGAUUCACCAGAUACAGGACUGUCUGGUGUAGUUAAAAAGAUGGAGAAACCGGCGGAGGACAUUUCCAAAAUGAGCGACGAGGAGCUGCUGAAGUGGGGCAAAGAGGAGCUGGUGCGGUGGCUGCGGAGGGCGGAGGCGGGGAAGAGGAGCGCCAUCAUGGACCACGGCAAUCUGAUGCGGGAGGUGAACCGGAGACUCCAGCAGCACCUGAACGAGAUCCGGAGUUUAAAGGACGUGAACCAGAAACUGCAGGAGGACAACCAAGAGCUGCGGGACCUGUGCUGCUUCCUGGACGAUGACCGGCAGAAGGGGAAGCGGGUGUCGCGGGAGUGGCAGCGCCUGGGCCGCUACAGCGCCGGCCUGAUGAGGAAGGACGUGUCCAUCUACCUGCAGAAGCUGAAGGAGUUGGAGCAGCGGCAGGUAGAGGUCGUCCGUGAAAACCUGGAGCUCAAGGAAGUGUGCCUCAUGCUGGACGAGGAGCGAGCUGCGGCCAUUGUUGGAGGUGGAGGGGAAGGUGGCGGAGGGCACGGAGGUCCCGGACGUAGAAGCUCCUUUGACAGUCAGAGCAGCCAGUCUCAGCUGGGUGGGAGUUUACCGGCGCCUGGGCUGCUGCGGGACCUGGGCGAUGGGAGCAGCACCUCCAGCGCGGGGAGCACUGAUAGCCCGGACAACCCCCAUUUUAAACCCUCUCAUCUGGGUCUCUCAGCCAGCCCUGGAUCGAGGCGCGUCCCGUCAGAGCCCAACCACAAACUGGGAGACGUGUGUGAAUCCACGGGCAGGAGGCACAGCUCCACCCCAGAGUACAACACCUUCCCCCAGUCCUGCCGCGCCCGCGGGGGCUCCCUCACCAACCUGGACCCUCUUGGCCUGCUGGGCCGCAGCCCGGAGAAACAUAGCAAGUCCCCCACGAGGUUACCGUGCCACAACCACACCAAACCCUGCAGCUCCAACCUGCUAGCCCACAAACAGCCGUUGAUGUCGGGGCAGGCGGUCGGGGGCGUCGGGAAGGGCAAGUCUAGCCCAGAGCUAAAUCAGAGACACCGGCCGGUCAACAUGAUGGGGGUGGGAUGCGGGGGCCCCGAGGCCAAGAUGGCAGGUAUGGGGACCUCCGAGCAACUGAUGAAAGGGCAGAUGAUCGUGGGUAAUCAGGAGUCUAUACGGCACCACCACCACUUUCAGCACAGCCCUGGGCUGGAGCACGGCAAGGGAAGGUAUGGCAGCGUCUCCCACAGCAGGGACGGGGGUCAGGGGAGGACACCGGGAGAGGAGAUGGCCCCCCACCACCAGAGUCUGUACAACGCUCUGAUAUCGGCUGGUUGCUGCACCAACUCCUGUAGUAGCGUAAAGCUUUGGGACAGCUUUGAUGCCUCAUAACUCCAACAUGCCUUGUGACCAGAUGCUGCCCUCCCCCACCUCUCACAGAUUGAAGAAGGGAGGCAUAAACAGGGUGGAGGAACAAAUUAGAAAUUCAAGAAUCCAAGCAGCAAAGGGAGCGAAGAUUAGUGAAACAUGGCAACACUUGAAGAAUCCCUGCUUGCCCAGACUGCAUAUGCUGCUGCAUUUCUAGAAAAGACAGAGGGCUGAAUCCCUGCGUUGCCAAAUAUGAAAAGACAAAAACUCAUUCUACCUCUUUGGGAAGCCGGGGCCCGUGUGGGGCAGAACCUGUACAUGAACGAUUGAUACCUAGACGAUACACACCCCCUUCUCAUCACAGUCACAACACCAUUGAUUGGUUUUAAACUCAACAUGUGAUGAUGUCUGGAACUACUUUUGCAGACCCUGAAAUUCAAGCACAGAAGAAAACUCAUUUAAAAGAUAAUUAUCUUCUGUUACAAUUCUGGUUGUUUUGUAGCUUCAUUUAAAGAAGUAUCAUACUCAUCAUUGCUGUGACUUGGGAGCAGAGCAACAUCAAUACAACUGUCCUGACUGGGAGAGACACCAGAUGACAGACAAUCCGAGAGGUUGUUAGUAAAGCAGUUUGUGUCGAUAGAAAUCAUAGCACUCAAAACCUUUGUUCACUUAAUACAGCUGACAAAAAAAACUGUACUGACUCUGCCUGGCCACACUCUGGGUUGUGCUAGCGACUGAAGACCUGCCUUUACCUUUUACAAUUGCCUGCAUCAACACAGCAGUUACCAGCUCGGCUUGCAUUGACUUUCGUUUGAUGCAAAUAAGCUAACGAAGAGUUGCCAUAUUUGAAAGUAUGAAAAGCUUGUUUUAAAUCUUGUUGUCAAUCAUGUAGUUCUUUGGCAUUUACCAAGGUUGUUGUAACUUUAAGGCUCAACAAGAGUACAUAUAGCUGUGUGUGUGCGUGUGUAGUGAGAGGUGGGGGGGGGGGGGGGGGGUGCAAUUCAAAUAUGUCUGUUUGGGGAAGGAUAAAAGGUUUGCUAAUUUACUGCUCUUCGUUCAGCUUUUGUGUCAAGGUCUGUUCCUAUACCGGCAUUGUUAGAGUAUUCUAAACCUUGUGUCAGCAUUUAGCCAUAUACAUCAUGCUUUGUGUGUGUGUGUGAUAUGGAUAACACCAUAGAUUGAUAAAGGAUGUCUUGCGGUGGAGUAUAGAACGAAUAACAAUUUUCAACCGAUUGUGAAAGGUUUGGUUUGUUAUAAAACGUCAGAGAUGUAGUUAUGACACUGCCUACUUUUGAAUAAAUUUUCAGUUUGAUGUCGUAUGGUAAUACUUAUCCAUAAGUAUGCAGUGUCAUAAAUACAUCUCUGUACAGGGUGCGUAUUUCAACAUUUCUUGAUGAAUAUUUGUAAAGGAAAAUCUUGUACCUAUUUUAGAACUCUAUUUUUUAGAACAUAACAAUUAUUCGUAGUAUGUAUGCAGUGUCAUAACUACAUCUCUGAUGAACCAAACUGUUUGAUUAAUUGAGCAAGUUAUGGUUAUUUAAAGUAUACUCAUCACUACCAACACAAUGUUAUGGAAAGCGAGUACACCCUACCAAGAUGGCCGCUGAUGACAAGACAGCUAGCCUUUAUAUAUAUGUCUGUGGACAACACGUCUUGGGCAAUCCCUCACAGCAUGUUAAGCAGACAUGCAGGUUGAUAUAAAAUCAAAUAGAUCAGGAAAGGAUUGUCAGCUACUCUGGAUUUGGUGCUUUACGGCCUAAAAUGAACUUAUAAUUAUAUAAUAACAUCCUUGCUGUAACAGGUCUGAGCUCUGGGGAGGGGUUCCUGGAAUGAUGAUCACUGCAAGGUUGGUUGUGACAACAGAGUCCAGCAGCUUCACAUAAACCUACUUAUCUUAAGUGGGUCUAUGUGUGACCGCUGCGGUCCUGGAAUAAUGGUGGUAUGCAACAAGUAAUUGACCAGACACAAAUUAUACAAUUUUGAGCGAUUUAUUUGGCGUAAUGAGACUUAAAAAUCGGAAAAUAUAUGUUUUUAUUUCAUUGUAUUAAAUAUAAUCAUUAAAAAUACCAAUUAUAACCUAUGUGCUCCAAUGCUAACCAGAAAGAGAGAAAGCCACACUCAGGGCUGGCCAGUAGCGGCCACAACAACGAUGGAGGACUAAGGGGCUGGAAUAGAGCACUCACUACGCUCCGUGCCACACAUUCAUACACACCAAAUCAAGAAAAGAGGCAAACUGAAAAUGUACAAGUGGUGAAGGGAGGUGCAAAAUACCACGGCAUUCAAAAGGAGUGAUGGUGCAGCAGUGAGUAACUCUAUCACCAAAUCCCCCACCAUGAGGAGCCACGCCCGGACCAGACCCUGAGCAGGAAAAGACACAAUGAGCACAAGUACCCAAUCACAGGGUUCAAUAUAUUAAAAUCAACUAAGCACCAAACAAACACAGUAAAUAGUAAAUAAGUAAAUUAAGUAAAGAAACAACAAAAACGAAAUUAAAUGCCAAUUAGACCCAAAUAAAAAACUGCAAGGCACUCAGCGCCUGUAAGGACAAGAAAAGAGUUAACACAUGUAAUAAAUAUUCCUUCUCUACUUGUAAACUGGCAUUACCUAGUAUGACUACAAGAGAGCGGCUACGUCAUAGCAGACCGCCUCCUUUACACACGCAGCAGUCUGAGCCAGCGUCUAAAACACAAAAAGGAGAACUGAGAAUUCACUAAAAAAUGAGGAGCACAAACACACCUACCAGGCCUUCAGUAGUGAGAGGAAUACCCGCCCCAGGGACCACGAUUGGCGCAAGUGGCACAGGGAUGUAGCGUCAGUACGGGUGUCUGCUGUGUGUUUAUAUACGAGUGCUAAUGUAAUGGAAUGCGGAAGUCUACGUACCGGCUUGGGGGGGAAUUCCCUCUACGGCGGCUCAUUAGGGACAGACAACCCACCGGUUACAUAUGGAAUUAACAAAACAAAAAAAACGUAAGGUUAGCACAUGCUGUAGCCGAAGAUAAUGUAGCCUCCACAUCAGCUAUACAACCAAGCUAAUAUUGGCUAACUUAACUUUUCUCAACGAUUCAAAUGCAAAUGCUGAUAAAUAAAAUUGGGUGUCAAUGAAAGUGAAAUAAUUCACUGGUAACGCGGUUCAACAGAAAGAUAAGAUUACAGAUAUUAAAUUAUGUCACUCCAGAGUGUAACAUUAGCUGGAAGCGCCAUGCAUGCUGGUCACAUCCGGUUAACAAUUCACGUUAUCGGCCAAAUGUAAAUUCAACACAAAAUGGCUGAACAUGGUAAUGCUGACAGUGAUAAUAUCCACGUUACCUUGUUCUGUGAGCUAGAGGGGCAGGAUGAACUACGGGGUGGAGGAGCAGGUGGUGCUUGAUCAUCGUGGCCAAAACCAAGUAUGACUAAGGGGGGAUCGGGCCCAGAGUCGACUGCUAUCUGGCUUGGUCCACUUUGGUGCUUAGAUCAGAGUCUGUGACUACAUGAUGAAGUAGGCGGAGUUAGAGUCAACCAAAAAGGAAUAAAUACAGUAGAAUACCGCAACUUCAAACAGCUGUAAAAUAAUGUUUUCUUCCAAGUCAACUUUUGCAAUAUUUUACAGUAUUCAAGUGUAUUUACGAAUAACAGUAUAUUACUGUUGGAAAUUUCUCGGAAUUUUACAGCAAUUUGUUACAGUGUGUGAGCCAACACUGAAAUUCAGCUUUGAUCAUAGCUCAGAGAUCUAGCGCUCUUAGGUUGUUAAAAAGUACAAUUAUUGGAUUUAAAGAACAAUUGCUCCCAAAUAGUCAAACACUCCACAGCUUUUUUGACAGUGGAUACAUGUAUUUUUACUGAAAGCACAAAGCCACCAAAUCCAGAGUCAAGAUGGAAACACGUAAUGCAUAGAAAGACAGAACUUAGGUUUGGGUGAAAAAAUGUGUUUGUGAAAGGCCGCUUGGUUACGUCACAAUUAGGGGGAAGUCAGUUUUUGCUGGGGGGGAUUGUCUCUUUACUUGCGAUUAUUUUCACUGCCAGAUGAAAUGAUCAGGGCAUGUUGUCCAACUGACACUUGAUGCAUGGCUGUGUGAAAAACAUGGCUAUCUGUAAUGGCUCACACAAAUAUACACUUUGGCCUACACACAUCCACACACUGAAUACAUACUGUAUAACCCCUUCACCCCUCUUUUGUUUUUAGAUUUGGUAACCAGACAAGAUCUAUAUUAUAUCAAAGACAUUAUUGAUUUUCAAAGUCAAGACUAGUAUACCUAUAGUUUUAUGAAUCUAUAACAACAGUUAUCAUUUUUGACUUCUUGGGUAUUAUGUAACAAAUUUUAACCAGAGAAGUAUGUAUAAGCUAAUAAAGUUUCUUUAUGUUGAAUCCA